AUUAGAAUUAGUAUUUAAGGAAACCAUCAGAAAAUGGCAGCAAAAAAGAGAGAGAAAAUUUGAGAGUGUGUAGGAGGGGGAGUUGUGAUUUUGAUUUGAUUUUAUUUUUUAAGGAGGAUGGGGUCUGGAUCCAAUUGGACGGCGAAACAGAACAAAGUGUUUGAAAAUGCAUUAGCCAUCUACGACAAAGACACGCCGGAGCGGUGGCAGAAUCUGGCAAGAGCCGUCGGGGGCAAGACGGCGGAGGAAGUGAAACGACACUACGAAAGGUUGGUUGAAGAUGUGAACAAGAUCGAAACCGGCCAAGUUCCUUUCCCUAAUUACAGAAGGUCCGGACCUGCCGCCAGGGGAUUUUGCUUUCUUGACCAAGAACAGAGGAUGAGGAGUCUACAAUUGAAUUGAAGUAGGAAUGUGGGAAAGACCAGAGUUCUAUAUUUCUAUCUCUCCAUUAACUUUUUCUCCACCUAAAUUUCCAACCAACAAAUAUUUAUGAAAUAAUGUAGCUUACGUAGUUUUAAUUUUCUUCACCCAUCUUCAAUUGUAAUUUCUAGUUUUUAUCUUUUAUCAACUCUCCUCCAAAUUUGUUUUAUAUUAAAUAAAUACCCUUUAAUAUAGUUUAAAACACAUAAAAUUGGAGGAAAGGAUCACCGGGGUUGAGUUUACUAUGUUGUUGAACUCCAAAUAAUAUUAAUAAAAAAUAAAUCAAUAAACUCGAA